AAGGAACCUACUUCUCUUUGCUGUCCUCAAGUGCAGGUGUCCAGAGAAAGGCGGUAAGCUAGGGGCUCUAAGGUGUCAGCGUAGACGCGGCCCUUAGCUGAGUGGCCUGAGAGGGGAGAAGGUUGGAAGAGCACGUCUAUGCGUUCCACGUGAACCUGCAAGCUAGCUGCUUGCUGCCCAGGUGCCGGUUCGCGGCUGCAUGCGCCCCACUGCAGCAAAGAGCAGCCGCAGCCUCUGCCUCGGCCACCACCGCUGCUGGGAAAGAGUCCUGGGGCUGCUGACGCGGUUGGGAGGAGCCUCGCCUUUAAUGCACCAGCCGCCUCCAGCCUCCUGCAGCAGCAGCAGCAGCAGCAGCUGCGAGUGCGCGCGUGUGGGUGUGAGGGCUCGGACCAUGGUGCAGUCCCACUGGCUCCCCUGCCCCCCUCUCCUGUGAGACUGGCUGCGGGGAGGGAUCAUGGAUACUUGUCUGCCGGCUUCUGGUUCCCACGCAAGUAAGCCUGCUGUCAAUGGAGGAGGACAUUGAUACCCGCAAAAUCAACAACAGUUUCCUGCGCGACCACAGCUAUGCGACCGAAGGAGCCAAGGGAGAACCCAAGACAGAGAAUAGUGGCACAAUAAUGAAGCAUGAAUUAUCCAGAUGAAAACACCUAUGGAAAUAAAGCUGACAUUAUCUCUACGGUAGAAUUCAACCACACAGGAGAAUUACUAGCGACAGGGGACAAGGGGGGUCGGGUUGUAAUAUUUCAACGAGAGCAGGAGAGUAAAAAUCAGAUUCAUCGUAGGGGUGAAUACAAUGUUUACAGCACAUUCCAGAGCCAUGAACCCGAGUUCGAUUACCUGAAGAGUUUAGAAAUAGAAGAAAAAAUCAAUAAAAUAAGAUGGCUCCCCCAGCAGAAUGCAGCUUACUUUCUUCUGUCUACUAAUGAUAAAACUGUGAAGCUGUGGAAAGUCAGCGAGCGUGAUAAGAGGCCCGAAGGCUACAAUCUGAAAGAUGAGGAGGGCCGGCUCCGGGAUCCUGCCACCAUCACAACCCUGCGGGUGCCUGUCUUGAGACCCAUGGACCUGAUGGUGGAGGCCACCCCACGAAGAGUAUUUGCCAACGCACACACAUAUCACAUCAACUCCAUAUCUGUCAACAGCGACUAUGAAACCUACAUGUCUGCUGACGACCUGAGGAUUAACCUAUGGAACUUUGAAAUAACCAAUCAAAGUUUUAAUAUCGUGGACAUUAAGCCGGCCAACAUGGAGGAGCUCACGGAGGUGAUCACAGCAGCCGAGUUCCACCCCCAUCAUUGCAACACCUUCGUGUACAGCAGCAGCAAAGGGACAAUCCGGCUGUGUGACAUGCGGGCAUCUGCCCUAUGUGACAGGCACACCAAAUUUUUCGAAGAGCCUGAAGAUCCAAGCAACAGAUCAUUUUUCUCUGAAAUUAUCUCGUCGAUUUCGGAUGUGAAGUUCAGCCACAGUGGAAGGUAUAUCAUGACCAGGGACUAUCUGACCGUUAAAGUCUGGGAUCUCAACAUGGAAAACCGCCCCAUCGAGACUUACCAGGUUCAUGACUACCUCCGCAGCAAGCUGUGUUCCCUCUAUGAAAAUGACUGCAUUUUUGAUAAAUUUGAGUGUGUGUGGAAUGGGUCAGACAGUGUCAUCAUGACGGGCUCCUACAACAACUUCUUCAGGAUGUUCGACAGAAACACCAAGCGUGAUGUGACCCUUGAGGCUUCAAGGGAAAACAGCAAGCCCCGGGCUAUCCUCAAACCCCGAAAAGUGUGCGUUGGGGGCAAGCGGAGGAAAGACGAGAUCAGUGUCGACAGCCUGGACUUUAGCAAAAAGAUCUUGCAUACAGCUUGGCAUCCUUCAGAAAAUAUUAUAGCAGUGGCGGCUACAAAUAACCUAUAUAUAUUCCAGGACAAGGUUAACUAGGUGGACAAGUUAUUACUUAAUAAUCUCACAUACUGAAUACUAGUCAAACAAGUUUUUAAAUGUUUCUUUGGGUCUUCAUUUGACACAUUGACUUUAAUUUCCCUAUGCAGGAAAUGAUUGGAAUAGAAUUCAAAGGAGUCCAACUUUCCCAGAUCCCCAGUUCUAAGAAACUUUUGUCAAAUCCAAUAGGUUUGGGACACUUCUGUUUAGAAUUGAAAGCUGCCAGCUAACAGUAAUUCUUCCAUAGUUGACUUGAACUUCUGAUGCUUUUAUUGCCCCGUUUUCUCUGGUGGGUCCAGUGUUUUGUUCCUAGGUGUCUGCUGCGAUAAAAUGAGGUUGUCUGUAGUAUUUAAGGAGAAAAGAGAUAAGUUUUUUUUUUAAUUAAGCAAUUCCAUUCGAUUGAAAAAAAUCAACAAAAAAUAAACACCAUUUACUCUUAGACAAAUUCUUCUUGUUUUGUGAAAAAAACAGAACUAGUCAUUAUCUCCUGCCAUGCCACCAUUUUUUUUUCCAUUUUCCAUUUUCCUUCUUUAAACAAUUUCAUUUAAGCCAGGGAUUUGCUACAUGAAGCUGAAAAGAGGAUGCAGAAUGACAAGGAAAGGGCACAUCAACCCUGCUAUGCUCUUUUUUUUGUAAGCUCCAUAGAAACAGCCUGAGAAUUUGGCUAGGAAACUUGAAUGCUUCAGAGGACAGAAAGAGAGCACUUUUGACACAGUGCUUCCCAGAGUGAGCUUGGCAGGGCCAGGCGGGGCCAAAUUCCAUCUGCUGCCUUGUUACUCUUGUUUUUUGUGCUCUUAAAUGGCUCCAUGUAAUCCUCUACCUACAUGUUCCUUGGCUUUUUUCUCUUCAACCUUUUCCAGCUUAUUUAUUCCAUUGACUUCUAAAGGCCGAGUCCUGGUCGCUUAUUAUCUGGUGUUCUAAAUGAAGCAGUAAGUUGGAAGCAGUGGCACCACCCCUGAGUCCCUGAGAAAGCCUGGUCUGUUCUUUUUGGGUGUUUCUCCUAAGCAGCCCCCUCCUCUCCUCCUGGUUUUGGUAACCAAAAGUAACAAUCCAUCAACCUUCAUUGUACCUAGAACAAAAUUGGCCAAUAAAAAUGCUGAUUUGUAAAGUCCCAUCAGACACUUCUACCUCACCCCAAGCUCGCCAUCUGGGAAAACAGACCAGAAUGCUCUCUUCUACAGAAACGAACUGUGGGGAAAUCCAGCAGCUGUGACAUCAGAGUGAAUGGAGUCCACUUGAAGCUGUGGAAGAUGGUUCAUCCUUUUCCCCAGUUGAGGAUCGAGGUUUAUAACUUUCUAGAAAGCCAUUUCCAGAAUGUUCUACGUGGCACACCUCUGGGAAAGGCACUAAAUACAUGCAAAGGAUUCACAAACUUAGGGAGGGUAGAUGGGUGAAGUCCAGAAAUCUGGGUCUGGGUUAAUAUCUCUGUAUCUGUCUUGAUGACUCAUUUCUCCUAACUUCCAUUUAGUGCAGGGUGAAUGGUUUGAGAUGAGAGUUUUUCAUUGAAAGAGAAAUUCUUUCAGUUCAUAGAUUUGUUAGAAGUCCUGACUUUCAAGUGUAAUUUGCUUUGGAGGAGAAAGAAAAUAGUGAAAGAAUCAUAUUGUCUCAAUUCUAAGCUGCUAUCCGUUGACUAAUAGCUUUUCGGCAAGGAAAUAACUGUCACCUUAGGUAAAAAGUUUUGUAAGAUGCAGCACAAUUUCAGGAACAUUAAAAUGGGAAACAGUACAUCUCAGAAUGGAGGGAGCAUGGGAACAAAAAUGAGACUUUCUCAAUGUUUCUCAUUGUUCCUGCAAGGAAAGCCUCUCCUUAGGCAUCUCAGGUAAAAUGGCUAAGGUGGAAACCCCCUGGGCAAGAUUUCUGGCCUGACUGGGAGUGUUCUUGGAGGAGACAUGAAAGAGUCAGAAACUUCUGCCACUCAUAGAGAAUUAUGAUAUUGCAGAAGGCCACUGGGUUAUUGGCCUACAUUUACCACCAACUUCCUUUAUGGCCUUUUCUCCACUUCUCUGGACUCAGCUCUUCUGUCUGUACUAGGUGGGGGGUUGGGACCAAUCAUUGUAUCGCAAACUGAAGAAUCAACCCACAUUUGUACUAUUACCCAUGUAAUAUUUUUUUAAGCCACCUUUUCUUAAAAGCAAGAAUUAGCCUCCUCCAAAGAAAUAACAUGCAUGAAAUUUCAA